UUCAUGAGGGGACAAAAAAAAACCCAAAAACACAGUCGUGAAACAACGUAAGCACUGAAUUGCGUUCAAUAGCAGGUCAGCAAUUUAGUUGUUCUCCUCAGACAAUCACUAGAGGAAGAAACAGAGCAGAGGAGGAGGAAGCAAUGGCUGCCAUACCAGCAGCAAUCUCCGGUUGCUGCUCUUCGUCUCGCCUGUCCCAGCCGGGCCUCCUGCACUCCACAAGGAGGCGCUUCAAGGUCACCGCCAUGGCUCCAAAGAAGAAGGUGAACCGUUACGACGAGAACUGGUCGAAGCAGUGGUUCGGCGCGGGCCUCUUCGCGGAGGGCAGCGAGGAGGUGUCCGUGGACGUGUUCAAGAAGCUGGAGCGGCGCAAGGUGCUGAGCGGCGUCGAGAAGGCGGGGCUGCUGUCCAAGGCGGAGGAGCUCGGCGUCACGCUCUCCUCGCUGGAGCGGCUAGGCCUGCUCUCGAAGGCCGAGGACCUCGGCCUGCUCAGCCUGGUCGAGACCGCCGCCGGGACAUCGCCAUCCGUGCUCGCGUCGAUCUCGCUGCCCCUCCUCGUGGCCGCCGUCGCCGCCGUCGUCGUCGUGCCCGACGACUCCGCCGCGCUCGUCGCUCUCCAGGCCGUCCUCGCCGCGGUGCUCGCUGCCGGAGCCGCCGGCCUGUUCGUGGGAUCCGUCGUGCUCGCCGGGCUGCAGGAGUCGGAUUAGCAGCAGCUCCUGCAGCUGGGGACGAACUCGACCAAGAAGGCAAGAACCACCACUGCAUCCAGCUAUCCAAGCACGCCUUGCAGUAGGAUCGCUGUACAAGCAUUAGAAAUGCCGAAGAGUAUGUUACAAUAGCAUUUUGGUAAAUUAUGCCAUGCAAAUCCGAAAUGCUGAAGAAAUUGUGGUUGUAUGCAUGGGUGCUUGCAUUGUGUUAUUAGAUGAUCAAAAGGUGUUCUUUUGUUUAUCCAA